UCUCUCUCUCUCUCUCUCUCUCUCUCUCUCCUCUCUCUUCUCUCUUCUCUCUUCUCUCUUAGUGUUUGAUUGAAUUCAAAGCUGUAGCCUGAGAAUCAACUGAAGGUCUACUGGCAAAAGAAAUCAAUCAAAUCUUGUAACUUUUUUUUCUUCCGUAAGCACUGCCACUCUCCCUAGUAUGCUAUUUUGUUCCUCGGAAGCUGCGUCAUGAUCGGCUCUAAUAUAUUCCACAGCUCCUUGGUAUAGAAGUUGCACGGCAAAAGCAAGUGGGGAGUGACAAACCUUACAUGAAGAAAUUGCAAUUUUGCUUAUCUUUUGAGAUAAUCACUUUCCAAAAACCAAUUUUUCCACCGGAAAAAGUUUUCCUUCAAUAACAAAGUCAACGUUAAUUUUUGAAGAGAAGGUGUUGGUCUGACACAACAUUUACAGUUCUGAUAAUUGAAGAGUUAACAUUUUAUUCUGUUAAUGGUUUGCGUUGUCUUGAGUUUGUCAUGUUAGUUAAUUUUACACCAAUGCAAGCUUCAGAUAAUCGCCGAAAUUCUGGUAAGUCCCAGCAAUCACAUUCUCUUCAAAACUCCAUGCAUUUGAGAGAGUCAGGUCCCAAUUAUCUACCUCAGAACUUCAAAUCUUCACGUCAUGGAUCUCAGAUGAGAAAAAUUUCUCCUCAGUCGAGUAAUGUGCAGUAUUGCACUCUUGAAUCCUCUUCAGCAGUUGCCACUUACACUUACAGCUCGCCUUCAACAGCCAGUUUCUCAUCAGCCAGUGAUAGCCAAGGAUCUCAUCAAGAUUGCCAUUCAGAUACCGCUUCUGAAUCUCCUAUCAGUGCUUCCUGUGUAACUGAAGAUCUGAAUGAUCUGAAGGGUAAGUUAAAAGAAUUAGAAAGCGUUAUGCUUGGGCCUGAACUUGAUGCAGUAGACAGCUUUGAUACUUUUGAGCUACUAAUGGAGCUUCCAAGUGGAGAUCUCAGGCAUGUACUAACUGCUUGUGCACGAGCUGUGAGUGAAAGUAAUUUCGCAGCGGCUGAAUGGCUGAUUACAGAGCUAAGGCAAAUGGUUUCGGUCUCAGGGGAACCGAUCGAACGACUAGGAGCAUACCUGCUCGAAGGACUUGUUGCGCGCCUUUCUUCCUCAGGCAGCUCAAUCUACAAAGCUUUGAAGUGUAAAGAACCAGCUAGCUCAGAUCUUAUGUCUUAUAUGCAUAUUCUAUAUGAGGUCUGCCCUUACUUCAAAUUUGGUUACAUGUCUGCUAAUGGAGCCAUUGCUGAAGCUCUCAAGAAUGAGGACAGGGUUCACAUUAUCGACUUCCAGAUCGCCCAGGGAAGCCAGUGGGUGACUCUCAUUCAAGCGCUGGCCGCAAGGCCCGGUGGACCGCCUCAUGUGAGAAUAACCGGCAUUGAUGACUCUUUCAAUGCUUAUGCACGCGGCGGGGGCUUGCAUAUUGUGGGGCAAAGGUUAUCCCGGUUGGCAGAAUCAUGCAAGGUGCCAUUUGAGUUUCACCCUGCACUAAUGUCAGGAUGCGAGGUUGAAGUCGAAAAUCUUGGCGUCCGGCCGGGGGAGGCAUUGGCUGUGAACUUGGCUUUCCAGCUUCAUCACAUACCUGAUGAGAGUGUGAGCACAACAAACCACCGUGACAGGAUCCUGAGGUUGGUGAAGAGUCUUACACCGAAGGUCGUGACUCUUGUCGAGCAAGAAUCUAACACGAAUACUGCGGCUUUCUUCCCUCGAUUCAUGGAGACUCUGGAUCAUUACACAGCAAUAUUUGAAUCAAUCGAUGUAACUCUCCCACGAGACAACAAGGAGAGGAUUAAUGUUGAACAGCACUGUCUUGCAAGAGACAUUGUUAAUAUAAUCGCUUGCGAAGGGAUUGAAAGGGUCGAGCGGCACGAGGUUCAUGGAAAAUGGAAAUCAAGGUUUAAAAUGGCAGGCUUCACACCAUAUCCCCUGAGUUCAUUGGUGAAUGCUACAAUCAAAUCCUUGCUGGAGAACUACUGUGAUAAAUAUAGGCUUGAAGAGAUUGAUGGAGCUCUUUAUCUUGGAUGGAUGAAUAGAGCUUUGGUUGUUUCCUCUGCCUGGAGAUGAUGAAGGUUAGACUAAUCAGAUUGUGAUCCUUUAUAGCACUCUAUUUUUCUUUUGUUCUCAAUCAAGUUGUAACUUGUUAGUUCUAGAACCCAACUCAUCAAACUCUACAUUCAACACAGGAAGAGGUGAAAAGACUUUUUUGUUCUGGAGUUCUUUUGUUACCGUUAGUGUUGUUAUUGUUGUGUUGUUGUGUUAUAUUGUACUAAAUAAACUCUUUUUCUCUUGUAGUAAUGACUGAGUUGAGUUUUUCCCACAAAUCAGAAUUGCGAUUACUA